AUGGAAUUGCGAUAUCCAAUUGCUCAAAGUACAACAUGGGAAAUAAAGACAAUUGGUGCUCAAAGUGCAAUACAACAGACACCAAGUGAUCGGGAAGAAGUAACAAACAAAAAACCACGCUCUAACGACCCAUCAGAUAAAUCGAGAGCAAGAUCAGAAAAAUUAAUUGAUUUACUUGUUAGAUACAUAAGAGGUUUCUCUCGAGGUACUAUUGGUGGAUUAUUGAAGAAACUAGGUUACAAUGAAUCGCAAGUUUAA